AUGGAAACAAUCUUGAUCUUGGCAUGUUCAGUCUUUACCUGGAUCUUCCUUCAUCGAUGGAGCCAACGAACCAACAAAGGCCCAAAAACUUGGCCGCUUGUUGGAGCCGCAAUUGAGCAACUAAUGAACUAUGACCGGAUGCAUGAUUGGCUAGUCAACUACCUAUCGAAGUCAAGAACUGUAGUGGUUCCAAUGCCCUUCACUACUUACACUUACAUAGCUGAUCCGGCUAACGUAGAACAUGUUCUUAAAACUAACUUUGCAAACUACCCAAAGGGUGACGUUUAUCAUUCGUAUAUGGAAGUGUUGCUUGGAGAUGGCAUCUUCAAUUCAGAUGGUGAGAACUGGAGGAAACAGAGGAAAACAUCAAGUUUUGAGUUUGCUUCAAGGAACUUAAGGGACUUCAGCACUGUGGUUUUUAGAGAGUAUAGCCUCAAGCUCUCUUCUAUUCUAAGUCAGGCAGCUGAUAAGCACCAACAACUAGACAUUCAGGAAUUAUUUAUGAGGAUGACUUUGGACUCUAUAUGUAAGGUAGGAUUUGGAGUAGAGAUAGGGACCUUAGCUCCUAAUUUACCUGAUAACCAGUUUGCCAAAGCGUUUGAUGCUGCAAACAUUAUAGUCACUCUUCGGUUCAUUGAUCCGUUAUGGAAAAUAAAGAAAUUUCUAAGGGUGGGUUCUGAAGCGGUUCUGGACCAAAGCAUCAAGAUCGUUGAUGAUUUCACAUAUUCCGUCAUCCGUAGAAGAAAAAAAGAGAUAGAAGACGCUCGGGAGGUUCCUAAUAACAGUAAGGUAAAUACAAAUGCAACUAACUUUUUGUUUCCAUGAAUUAAUCAGAUGAAACAUGAUAUACUAUCAAGAUUUAUCGAGUUAGGAAGAGACCCCGAAAACAACAUCAACGACAAGAGUCUAAGAGAUGUUGUAUUGAACUUUGUGAUUGCUGGAAGAGACACCACGGCAACCACACUUUCAUGGGCCAUUUACAUGAUUAUGACUCACAAUCAUGUUGCAGAGAAACUGUAUGCAGAACUCAAGUCUUUUGAGCAAGAUUGUGCAAAAGAAGAGGAUAUAACAUUGAAAACUUGUGAAGAAACAAAAGAUCCCGAAUCUUUUGACCUCAGAACAAAGCAAUUUGCUGAACUUAUGAGUUAUGAUUCACUGGGGAAAUUGUAUUAUUUGCACGCUGUCGUCACGGAAACACUUCGGCUGUAUCCUGCUGUACCUCAGGACCCGAAAGGAAUCUUGAAUGAUGAUAUUUUACCUGAUGGAACGAAAGUAAAAGCAGGAGGUAUGGUGACAUACGUACCUUACUCAAUGGGACGAAUGGAGUACAACUGGGGUCCUGAUGCAAAUAAAUUUAAGCCUGAAAGAUGGCUUAAAGAUGGUUUCUUCCAAAACGCAUCUCCGUUCAAGUUUACUGCAUUCCAGGCUGGCCCAAGAAUAUGCCUCGGCAAAGACUCUGCAUACCUGCAAAUGAAAAUGGCGCUUGCCAUUUUGUGCAGAUUUUAUAAGUUUGAAUUGGUGGAAGGACAUGAUGUGCAGUAUAGAAUGAUGACAGUUCUCUCAAUGGCAAAUGGACUAAAAAUUAAAGUUUCAGCACGAUCAUAAGAUUCUACUCGUGCUCUGUUAAAGUAUAAACACUUUCGUAUGAUCUUA